CCUCUCAGAAUUAGAACAAUUUCAGGUUAGACGUCUCUUCACACGUUUCAAGAUGACACCGAUUAGCAAUUUGAAUUAUCUGCUUGAAAUUAUAAGCGUGCCCGCAUCGCUGAUAAGACAGAACAAAAUGGUGAAACUAUUGGGACUAAGGCGUCUGUCGAUCGCCAUCACAUUCUUCACAUGCGGCUUCUUUGUGAAUAUAGCGCAGCUAUUGCUGACCAUCUUGGUGAAGCCGAUAGAUAAGAAGCUUUUCCGCACUCUGAUGUAUUAUCCGUGUUAUUCCUUCUAUUCCUUGCUUGUUUUUGUGGCGGAAUGGUAUGCCGGUUGUAAAAUGCGGGUAUUUAUCGAUCCUGAAGAUGAAAAGAAAUUCUAUGGCAAGGAACAUGGCCUGCUGAUAAUGAAUCAUACAUACGAAAUUGAUUGGCUUACCGCUUGGAUGGUAACCGAAAAAUUUGGUGUUUUGGGUAAUACUAAAGCUUAUGCCAAGAAAGCGAUACGAUAUGCCCCCAUCUUGGGUUGGGCUUGGUGGUUGGCUGAAUUUGUGUUCCUUAAUCGUGACUUUGAGAAGGAUAAGCAGAUAAUUGCUCAUCAAUUGAAAGUUCUAUAUUCAUAUCCUGAUCCCGUGUGGAUUCUUCUAAAUGCCGAGGGCACUCGUUUCACCGAAUCCAAGCAUAAGCUCUCCGUGAAAUUUGCCGAGGAACAUGGCAUGACAGUAUUGAAGCAUCAUUUGAUCCCACGUUCCAAAGGCUUCACGACUAGCUUGCCCACCUUAAGAGGUAUUUGUCCCGUUAUCUAUGAUUUAAAUUUGGCCUUUAAGCGGGAUGAAAAAACUCCGGCUUCCAUGUUGUCCCUGUUGAAUGGAGAUGCUGUGGAGCCCUAUAUGUAUCUCAGACGCAUACCCUUGGACCAAGUGCCAGAAGACGAGACAAAAGCUGCUGCCUGGUUGCAGCAACUAUAUGUGGAAAAGGAUCGUCUGAUUGACAGUUUCCAUGAGACUGGCAGUUUCUUCAAGACAUCCGGAUUCAAGGAGGUACCCGGCAAAAUCUACAAGCCACGAUUGAGUUCAGCCAUUAAUUAUCUUACAUGGGCUAGUUUCUCGAUUCUUUGUAUUUUGUAUUAUUUAAUUUCCUCAUUGCUGGCGGGCAAUUUGAUUGCUUUCACCGUGGCCUUCUCUACUCUUGGCCUAUUCUAUUGGCUCAUGGAAACGGCAGUUAAUGUGUCCCGUAUCAGCAAAGGUUCCACCUAUGGUACUGGUGCCUCGCCCAAAACAAAAUGAUUUCCUGACAAGUCGUUGGGUCAGAGUGCAUAUUUACUACGCAAUAGGCAAAAAUGACUUAUUAAAUAAUCUAUUAUGUAUAGAUGAAAUUGUAUAAAUUAAACGAAUUACUAAAUAAUGAAA